CGCGUUUCCCACAAGGUCGGCUUGUAAGCGCUGUGCAAGUGCAACCAUAUUGGAAGGUUAAUUGGACGGUUGGACCAUCGCCAAACCUACAUUAUUUCCAGAAGUAACGCCGUUUUUCAGAGAGCUCUGUAGAAAUGGAAGGUAAUACUGACGCAGUUCAGGAAGCUGAGGGAGGAGAGGUUGCUGAUGACUUUCAAGUUGCUGAAGAUGAAUUCAUUGGAGGAGAAGAGGAAGAAGAAAGUGCUAUUGAUGAGACCUGGGCUCUUCAUGCUGAGAAGAAACUUGCUGAACAAUUUGGUGGUGACUUCUUGAAAGCAGUUUGGAACACUGAUCAGAACAGGGAAUCUUACUUCUGUGAGGUGUGUGAAGCUGAACUCAACACCAAGAAGAUCAUCGAAACGCAUUGCAAUGGAGCACGCCACAGACGGAAACUGGAAGAAUUGAAGGAGCUGAAGGCUAAGGGCAUAACCACACCUCCAAAGAAAUUGAUAUGGGGCUUUGGCAAGAGGAAGGGGCUGGCCUUGUUCAUGGAGAGGCCGAAGAAAACUGUAGUGGGCCGCAUCGUUCAAAAGAAUUUUGUCAAGAAGAAAGGAUUUCAGGAAAACUUCUUUGAACCAGGAAUGGAGCCUUUUGGAUUCCCUGGUCCUCAUAUGGGUCCAAGGCCCGGAAUGGGCCCUUUUAUGAGCCCAAGAAUGAGAUUCAAUGGACCUGGAGGUCCCAGAGGAAUGCGGCCUUUCCGUGGAGCUCGACCUCCAAUGUUUGGACCCCGUGGAUUUAUGGGUCGUUUCAGAGGGCCUGGACCCUGGAUGGGAGGUCCCCGAGGUCCUGGACCAAACAUGCGGAUGAAUGGUCCUGGGCCAAAUCAGUUUGGUGGUCCCAAUUUUGGUAAUCCAAAUCAAAUUCCGCUGGGUUCCGGCCCUGAGGAAAUGGAGCCGAGUUGUUCAGGUGUAAAUGAGAUGGGCGCUAAUGCUGCUGAGGAGAAAGCAGAGGCCACUAGUGGGCAAAUGGAUUCUUGUGGUCCCAUUGACCCAGCUGCUGAGAAGCCAAGCACUCAUGGCUUAGCAAACAAGUUGGGCCCCAGUGGCCCAGAAAAUGAGGAUGACUCCAACGGUCAAGGAAAUGAAAAGUUUGGCCCUGAUGGCCCAGAAAAUCAGUUUGGGCCCAAGGGCUCAGGAAAUGCAUUUGGCCCCAAUUGCCCAGGAAACAAGUUUGGCCCCAAUAGUCCAGGAAACAAGUUUGGCCCCAAUGGCCCAGGGAACAAGUUUGGUCCCAAUGGCCCAGGGAACAAGUUUGGCCCCAAUGGCCCAGGAAACAAGUUUGGCCCCAAUGGCCCAGGGAAAAAGUUUGGUCCCAAUGGCCCAGGAAACAAGUUUGGCCCCAAUGGCCCAGUGAAAAAAUUUGGACCCAACGGCCCAAUGAACAAGUUUUGGCCAAAAGGUCCAGGAAAAAAUAAAUUUGGAUCCAAUGAGAAUGAAAAUAAUCAGCUUGACCCCAAUGAACAUGGAAACAAAUUUGGCACGCACGGUCCUAACAAUCAGUUUGGUCCCAAUGGUCCAGGAAACAAUCAGUUUGGCCCCAAUGGUCCAGGAAACAAUCAGUUUGGUCCCAAUGGUCCAGGAAACAAUCAGUUUGGCCCCAAUGGUCCAGGAAACAAUCAGUUUGGCCCCAACGGUCCAGGAAACAAUCAAUUUGGUCCCAAUGGUCCAGGAAACAAUCAGUUUGGUUCCAAUGGUCAAGGAAACAAUCAGUUUGGCCCCAACGGUCAAGGAAACAAUCAGUUUGGCCCCAACGGUCCGGGAAGCAAUCAGUUUGGCCCCAACGGUCCUGGGAACAAUCAGUUUGGCCCCAACAAUCAAGGAAACAAUCAGUUUGGCCCCAACGGUCCAGGAAACAAUCAGUUUGGUCCCAAUGGUCCGGGGAACAAUCAGUUUGGCCCCAACGGUCCGGGAAACAAUCAGUUUGGUCCCAACGGUCCAGGAAACAAUCAGUUUGGCCCCAGUGGUCCAGGAAACAAUCAGUUUGACCCCAACGGUCCUGGGAACAAUCAGUUUGGCCCCAACGGUCCAGGGAGCAAUCAGUUUGGCCCCAACGGUCCAGGGAGCAAUCAGUUUGGCCCCAACGGUCCAGGGAGCAAUAAGUUUGGCCCCAACGCACCUGGGGGCAAUCAGUCUGGCCCCAAUGGUCCAGGAAACAAUCAGUUUGAUCCCAGCGGUCCAGGUAACAAUCAGCUUGGCCCAAAUGUUUCAGGGAACAAUCAGUUCGGGCCCAAGGGUGACGCAAUCAAUCAGUUUGGUCCCAAUGUUUCAGGGAAUAAUCCUUAUGGUCCAAGCGGUCCUGGGAAUAAUCAGUUUGGCCCCAAUGGUCCAGGAAAUAAUCAGUUUGGUCAAAUCGGUCCAGGUCCUAACCAAAUGUUUGGUUCCAACCAAACGGGCCUUAAUACCUCGGUACCUGAAUCGAUACGCAAGGCUCCUGAUCACAGCUCUUCCGUUGAAGGACCAACAUUCAGCCCUCCUGUUAAGAGGCCUAAACUCGACAACGUCCAGUCAAAUGUAACCACAAGACCUGCCGUGCAGACACGCGACGACGACAGUCAGGCCAAUGCUAACCUCGGACUUCAAGAAUUAUCCGAUGAGCCAAUAAAAUUUGCCAUUCCCAUCAUGGUGGACGGCGAGAGCUUGGCUGCGGGCGGCAGCACUGGCAUCUUGCUGAAGAAGCUUGCUGGAUGUGUGAUCAAGAGUGAGAAGGAUGCAGAGCUUGCGUUGACGGUGUCAAACUCCCUCGUGUCAUCACUCAGGGAAUAUUACAUCAGGAAAGAGGAGCUCAAAACGGCUGAGUUGCUGAUGAAUGCCGAGUUGAAACUGAACACUUUGAAAGCCAUGAAGGUCGGCCUAAAGCUGCUAGACGAAGAACUAUCGAAGUCGACGGCCGCGGCCGAAUCCAGCAGAGCUGCCAGCCAAAUGACAGCUGCCAGCCAAGUGACAGCUGCCAGCCAAGUGACAGCUGCCUGCCAAGUGACAGCUGCCAGCCAAGUAGCAGCUCCCAGCAACACGACAACAGCUCAUCCGGCAGCCUUCCCAGUGCCGCCCUUGAACCCAACUUCACAGACUUCAACAUUUGCCACCAGCCCAAAGAUCACGACGACCAGCGGCCAGGCGUACAACCUCCCUCCGCAGACUUCCCCGGCACCUGAUUUCACCAAGCCGCCUCCUUCAGCACAAAGUUCCUCCACUGCUUCAACUUCUACUGCUGCCAACACAAAUAACUACUCUAGUUACACUAACUUUAUGGCACCCACCAUGUACGACGCAAGCAGUCUCCAGCCCCCAGGCUUUGCUCCUCCCAGUUACGGCUACAGCGCGCCAGUUCCUUAUCCCGGGGCGUACCCUCAGGCAGUGCCGUUUGAUCCUUCUACUCAACCCCCUCCCGCCAACCCCUUCAGCGUUGCGCCUCCUGGAAGUAACAAUUAACUAUCCCUGUAUGGAGACCAGGAGUUUAACACUUAGUGAUGUACAUUCAUUUAUUACAAACUCUUGGCUUUGUAUGAAUUCUUCUUAGAAUCUGAUAGUUUCUCCAGAUGAACUAUCACUCGAUUGUGUUUGAAGGUAAUUUUUGCGAGUCUUAAUUAAAUGAAGAACAUUCGACCUUGUAGAUGUUCAGCCACUGGUCUGUUACAUGCAGAUGAAUAUGAAGUUUAAAUAAUAUUGACGUUAGCCGCGUUGUGACAUCUCUUUAAUAUACGUAACAUUGAUAUGAUGAACAGUGCAAGGGCCUAUCAAAAAACAAACUCGGGUGCGUAGUCAAUCUGCUGUUUAGAGGAGGCGUUGCAUGACGUUGGCGUCAUUGCGUCGUCGAUUAACGCCUAUGGUCACUGCUCUCAUUUUUUUAUAAGAUGACAUUCACAAUACAGCUACCAAUCGCCAUUUCCUUAACAAAUCUCUUCUUAAUCUUGCAGCACUCGAAUCUUGUAUUUCCCACGGUGCACCUGUAAACAAUACCGAUAUUUACCUGUACAAUUUACUGCGUCAGCAAUUGAUCACUAUUUCUGGAAUUUUUUGUUCUUCCUUUAAAUGUGUAAUGGUGUGUCUAAACGUUAACCCCUGUGAGUUUGAGUGUCACGAUUUCGGACACUUUGAUUAUAUUAAUGAACAAUGACUCAUCAUAAAACACUUGCUAUUAAAGGUCGAUAUAAUGCUGCUGCCCUCUUACGUGACGAGAUGCAAAAAUCAUUUUAUGAUUGGGUUAAUGCCUCGCCAGUUUAUCUUAGACUUACAACUUCAAUGUUUUAAACAAUUACAGACUUCACUACGGCAUCGAUUUAAUUUAAUAUGAAUUUCACUAAUGUUCCAGCUUCAAUUCUGAUUAAGUAAUUGUGGAUUUUGAUAGAAGCUGUUUAGUGUAAUAGUUAAAGGAGAUAUUAAGACGACAAUUCAAGUAAUUGUAGGUUGCUUGAAUAAAUUCAUUAAAACGGUAUGACUAAUGUCACUGCA